CUGCGAAGCGCGGUUUAGCCGUGUUUCUGCGCCGCCUCAGGGAGACUGCGGAAACAAACCAGCUUUUUUGUUUUGUUUUGUUUUCCCCUCAGAGGCAGCGCACGAGGGCAGAGGUCGUUUUGGUAGUGAGUUAGUGUGUCGCGGGCUCCAUCCGUAGAGUUACCGGACUGGGAGGGGGGUGGAGGUGACGGAGAUGGAUGUUAUAAAGUGACGCUUUGAAUAGCGUUAUAGAGCAAAAUGCUUUAUAAGGCGCUUCCCGUGAAAUGCACGAUCGUUAGGGUCGAGUAAUGGGAACUAAGUCAGUUAAAAUGGUUGUUGUGAACCACUUGAGCUCGAGCGCGGUAUUUCAUCGCAAUAGCCCUGUCAUCGUUUCUGAAGUUUCCCCGGAGCGACGUCCCGCUGCCCGGCGCAGCGCUGCGCUCUCCGCGGCCGGGUCCCGAGCGGCGCCUGCAGCUUGGACGGAGGAGCAGCCCCAAGGCCGUGAGGCUCCUGCGGACUCGUGUGGCACCUGUGGAAAAGCCACAAAAGAGGCAGCACUUCACAUUUCGAGAUGGACCGGUUUGAAGAUUUGUCAGACGGUGAGGUGGAUCAUGCUUUCUUCGACAGUGAUUUUGAGGAACAGCAAAAGAAAGUUGAGGAAAAUGGUGAAUCUAUAGAGAAGGGAAAUACGAAGGCAGUUCUUUCAGACCCUGACUUGGCUUCUAAUUCAAAGGAUGAGAACUGUUCUGAGAAGGAAAGCGAAGAGAAGCAGAAAGACUUGGUGAAGGAUCAGUCCCUAGAAAAUCUGACAGACCAUCCCGGGGAUGCUUCAUCUUUGUCACUUUCUCCGGUUUCAGAGAAUGCAGGCACAUCUGGAGCAACAGCUGCAGCAAAUAGGGGAGCACAGGAGAACGUGCCUGCUGGAAUCCCCAAAAUAGUUAAAGAAGGUGAAGAGGAUUAUUAUACAGAUGAAGAAGAUAGUAGUGAUGAUGGCAAAAAACAGAAGGUUAGACCAAAGACAGCUAAGCAAUCAAGCAGCAUGAAAAAAGCUAACAAAAAAUAUACUAGUAUCAGCUCCUCCUCUUCUUCCUCAUCUUCCUCUUCCUCAUCUUCCUCAUCCUCAAGCUCAGAUACAGACUGUUCUGAUACAGAUUCUGAUAGCUGUUUAUCAGAUUCAUCACAUUCUUCCUCAAAGAGGAAUGCUUGUAGUGUGGCUCUUCUGUCUCCAAAACAAAAAUUCAGAUCAGGAAUGAAAUUAGCAGAAGGAAAACCAAAGCUUGGUGACUACUUGGAGGAGUCUGAAGACACGGUGACUGAUGUAACACCUUUGUCAACCCCAGACAUCAGUCCUAUCCAGUCUUUCGAACUUGCAGCAUCAAAUGAUAAGAAAUUAAAAAUAAAAAGACAGGAGAACGUGAGCCAAGAACCAUAUGAUUCCGAGUUUGAUCGCCGAUAUAGUCGAAAAGUCUUACAUGAUGCCAUGGACCUGAAUCAGCUUUUGAAAGCUUUUCUACAGUUGGAGAAGAAGGAACAACAAAAAAUAACCAUUGAUCCGCCAUCUAAAGGAUCAAGGAAAAAUUACUCUUUCACAAAUGAAGAAGUAAGACAAAUUGAUCGGGAAAACCAAAGGCUGUUGAGAGAACUGUCCAGACAGUCUGCAAAGCCGAGAAGCAGAAGUACCACUUUGAAGAAAGCGGCUGUUCCACCCCCUAAGUUGUACCACAGCGCCCUCAACAGGCAGAAGGAACAGCAGAGGAUCGAAAGAGAAAACCUGGCUUUUCUGAAGAGACUGGAAGCAGUGAAACCAACAGCUGGUAUGAAGCGUUCUGAACAACUGAUGGACUAUCAGCGCCAGAUGAGUUAUCUAAGUUCUUCACCAUCUACAAGAAGAGGGAAGUCUGCCUUCAGCCAGCUUAGCCCUUCAAGAGGCACUUCAAGGGCAUCCAGUGUACCAAGUGCAGUGAGCCAUAGGAAUGAAAAACCUGUGUCCGAUUCACCCACUGGGGCAUUACAGAGACCUAAACCCACUAACGUUCGUGCUGCUUGGUUAUAAGUCUUUUUUGCUUCACUUUUGAUCCCGAGAUCUCUAUUUCUAGUGCUUUUGUAAUUCUCUGUGCAAGAAUCUUCUCUGCGUUGUUUGGUGAUUAAAAUGCAUUGCACAUGAAAUAAUUGCUUAUAAAAUGGUUUUAAAUGAACUUUCUCACUUUAACCUGUGUUUUCUGUGUAAAGUAUUUAUGAAAGAGAAUGAGGUAUUUAAACAGAGAAAUGAAAUAGAAAUUUCUAAAUAUUAUUUUAUUCUCAAAUUGUAAGUGGAAUUUGUAUCCAUGAAGGGGAAGAAUGGAAUUGUUGCACUAUGGACACAAGAUGUAAAGAAAAUCUUUAAAAAAAGAAAAGUUAUUUUUUAAAUUGUGUUAAACUUGUAGGAGUAUGCUUAAUUCCUAUAUUGUCCUUGCUUUUCAUCCUUGCUUUAGGUAAGCCUUCAGGACUCUAUAGGACAUGUUCUUAUGGCUGAGAGAAGCUCCUUUUUUACAGCAGCAUGAAGUGGGGAAAAGCAGAUUUUGUAUUACUGUAUGGUUAGCUAGAAUAUUGAGGCAGCAGAAAAUGUUGUGGUGCCACUAUUGCAGAUCAUUCCAGGUGAGGAGCAUUUGUUUUGUGCUCAAGGCUGCAUCUCUUCCAGAUUUAAAAGAACUUGGGAAGUUGUAUUAGGACCUUUGUGCAGGAAAGAAGCAUCUGAUGUUAUAUGAACACCAGCGGGGGAAAAGAUUGAAGUGAACAUCAGUUUACAAUUCACUUUAAACAAGCAUAAGUUCUAGAUGUUUCUCAAGCUGGAGAAUAGUGAGCAAGGAAAGUAUUUCAUGGCCCUGCUUUCCCAAAUCGUUGUCCUUCUCAGCUGAGAGGUAGGAACCUGAGCUGCGGGAAACUUGAACAUCUGAUUUGAGAGCAACGGUUAACUAGGAUUAAAAAAAAAAAAGUAGUAGAA